GGCAGUCAGUGUGCAGCUGUUGCAGAUGGUGUUUGUGUUGUGCCUGUGCUAAGCGCGAGUUAAAAGAUGGCGCGACGCAAGAGGUUAGCGCCGCUUUUGCUACUCAUGUUCGUAGCUCUGAUCGUCCGAGAAUCGCACGCAAGCGUGGAAACGCGUCCCAAAACGUUGCACGUAAACCAGGAGGAUUCCCGGCUCCACAAGAGGACAGUUGUUUUCAAUGCCCACCAGGACUUUGACAGCGUCGCCGAUUCGCCGGAUACGGAUAUCGGAGCACGCAAGAAGAGGUCGACAGAUCUGCCGAAGUACAAUAUGACAAAGGUUGUGGAGCUAAAUGAUAGUCACGGGCAGCUGAUGGUCCACUGGGCUGGCGAAGGGUCGGAUGUCAUCAUCUGUCUGGCCAAGGACCCACCUGGACUGUACACGAGGGCCCGACCUUCUUCAGUAUAUAUUUCAUAUGAUUACGGAGACAGUUUCGUGAAUGAGACGGAGAAGUUUCGCGUUGAUGCCGGAAGGAUAGUGUAUCCAACCUUGGACAAAUUUUACAAUCACCCACAUUUUGUUUCAUAUACUGUAUUCACGGACCUUGCCAACAGACUGGUGUACUCAACUUUAAACGAUGGACACAGCAUACGUGUGUCCUAUACUAAUAUAUCAUUCACGCCAUCGGACGUUCUCUUCAGUGACUCUGAUCCCCGGGUAUUUUUGAUUCUUGACAGAGAACAUCAAGAUCGUGGGCUGUGGGUGACAACAGAUUUUGGAGUUAGUUUUACUCAAGUGCAACAACGAGUGAGGACGUUCUACUGGUCGGGCCCUUGGGCUGAUCCUCCACUGCUGUACGUAGAGAGGCAGGAACCAUCCGGAGAGUCCACGGUCAUAUCGUCAAAGUCCCUGUUCUUAAAUGAUAACAGCAGCAUUGUCAUACGGGACGUUCUGGAUUUUCAGAUCAAGGGAGACUUUGCUUUUGCCACGAGGCGUGUAAACACAACAGCAGUUAGUCUGAUGGUGUCAUACCGUGGAGCGCCAUUCAAGGAAGCACAGUUCGACAGGACAAUAUCACCACACACCGGAUACUACAUUGCAGACGUCAGCGGCACAGAUGUGUUUGUGGUGGCCAGCCAUCUGGAUAUUCUGCCCACGCUUUACGCGUCACGCAAUGCCGAUGCCAGCGUUUACUCUCUUUCACUCGAUAACUUCUUCUGCUACUUCCCUGGUAGUUCUUGGAAGAACUCGUGGCUUGAGCGUGCAACGGAUACAGCUUUUGCCGACCUGCACCGAGUGGAAGGUCUUCGCGGCAUCUACAUCGCAUCCCAGGUCCACGUACCCACCUCACCGCACGGAGGAGGGCGGGUGCCGGAAAUAAAUACGCAGCACCUGUCUACGUUCAUCACUUUCGAUAUGGGAGGACGCUGGAGGCCACUCACACCACCCUCGACUGAUGAUCAGGGCAGGAACAUCAGCUGUGAUGUGAGUCGAGGCUGUUCUCUUCAUCUCACCCAGAAGUUUGCUCAGUUGAACCCUGAAACACGAACGGUUCCUCUGAUGACAUCAAAAUCAGCACCGGGCAUCAUUAUGGCAACUGGAACACUCGGAACUUCACUGAAGGGACGUUUUGGAGUUUUCAUCAGCACUGACGCAGGACUCACGUGGCGCCAGGUUCUAAAAGAUUACUAUUUCUUCAACAUGGGAGAUUUUGGCGGUGUGAUGGUAGCAGUGAAGUAUUACAAAGCCCAAGGGGAGACACGGGAAAUGCUGUACUCGACUGACGAGGGCUUCACAUGGCACACGGAGCAGUUCUACAACCAGGAUCUGCGCAUGUACGGCCUGAUGACAGAGCCAGGCGAGAACACAACAGUCUUCACCAUGUUCGGCUCGGGACCUCAGCAGCUGCGAUGGCUCAUCAUCAAGGCUGAUCUGCAGAAAGCUUUCAAGUACAACUGCACCAAGGAUGACUACAAGUUCUGGUCGCCGAGCACGGACCAUGUCGGUCACAUGCCGUGUGUAAUGGGGAUGCAGGAGACAUUUGAGCGGCGCACCCCACACAGCAACUGCUACAGCGGGCGCGACUACGUCAGGAUGGUCCAGAUGGAGCCCUGCGGCUGCGAGAGGGAUGACUUUGUCUGUGAUGUGGGCUUCUUCCAACACGAGACAUCACUGGACUGCAUCCGCAACAAGACAGUGGAAAGCCCCUAUGAGAUACCAGAUACAUGUAAGCCGGGAGCAUUCUACAGCCGAACAAAAGGCUACAUUCAUAUCCCGGGAGACGCGUGUCAGGGCGGCAACGAACAGCGCUACCUCCCAGAGUCUCUGCCGUGCCCCGUUCGAGAGCUAAGAGAAUUUCUAAUCGUAGCGCAGCGAGAACGGAUAGCUCGCUAUGAUUUGUCGGAGGACACUUGGGAAGAGCUACCAGUGAGGGGAUUGCAGAAUGUGAUUGCUAUUGAUUUUGACCUCCACAACAACUGCGUUUAUUGGGCUGACAUAGCAAAUGACACUAUUGGGCGCCAGUGCCUCAAUGGCAGCGAAAUUUAUCAUGAGAUUCUAGUAAGUUCGAAUCUGUCGUCAGUUGAAGGGAUGGCCUUAGACUGGGUAUCACACCACCUGUACUUUGUGGAUGGAGUGCGCUCAAUGAUAGAGGUUGUACGAACCGAUCUGAAUGUAGAGGGCCGCAUGCGUGCUACCAUUCUUUCACCACCAACUCUGUCCAAACCUCGUGGGAUUGCUGUUCAUCCUCAGCAAGGAUUGUUGUUCUGGACUGAUUGGGCACCAAACAAUCCAUCGGUGAGUCGUGCCAACUCAGACGGUUCUGACCCCAGGCGGCUGUUUGGUAGAUCGUAUGUGGACUGGCCUAACGGAAUUACAGUUGACCACAUCGCGGAACGCAUCUACUGGGUGGAUGCGCGACUUGAUUACAUUGGUUCUGCAGAUCUGGAUGGCAAAGGUUUCAAGAAGAUAAUUGCAAAUACGGACAAGGUAGCACAUCCGUUCGCAGUGGCGGUGUUCAAGGAUACCAUGUACUGGGACGACUGGAGGCAGAAUGCCAUUUACCAGGCCGACAAGGAUCACGGGCUGGCUGUCCGCACCAUACGAAGUGGCUUGCCUGGUUUGAUGGACCUAAAGGUGUUCGCGCACUCCGUACAGGAGGGAUCAAACGCUUGUGAUGGCAACAAGGUGUGCUCUCACUUGUGCUUUGGCCUUCCAGGGCACAAGUACAGCUGCAAGUGCCCAGACGGUAUGAAAGCUGGCACCAACACCACCUGCACCUGCGCCGACGGCAGCAAGCCAUUUGAGAAUGGCACCUGUGCAAAGCAAGGAAAUACUUGUGGUACUGACCAGUUUGCGUGCAAGAAUGGUCUGUGCAUCCCUCGCCUGUGGCACUGUGAUGAUGACGACGACUGUGGUGACGGAUCUGACGAGGAAGGAUGUGGAGGUAGGGUCACGUGCCAGACAGGGCACUUCCAGUGUGAGAGUGACAGGAAGUGCAUUCCCUUCUACUGGAAGUGCGAUUACGACUACGACUGCGAGGACCACAGUGACGAAGAAGGCUGCAAAUUUACUGAAUGUCAAGAACAUCAAUUCAAAUGUGCCAACCACCGAUGCAUUAAUGCACAAUGGAAAUGUGAUGGUGAAGAUGAUUGUCAUGAUGGUUCAGAUGAAAAAGACUGUGCACGCAAACCAAAUGCGACAUUGACCUGUAGGCCUGACAGUUUUAAGUGCAUAAACAGCUCAGAGUGCAUUCCACUAGUGUGGCGCUGUGAUGGUUCCCCAGACUGCACCGAUCACUCUGACGAGGACAAGUGCGAGGCGCGCACCUGCGAGAGCUGGCAGUUUGAGUGUAAGUCAGGCAAAAGAUGCAUCUACCAGUCGUGGCGCUGUGACGGAGACAAUGACUGCCCGGAUGGUUCCGACGAACUGAACUGUAGCUCCGCCGGUAUGAUACCUACGACUGUAGCUCCGAUUAGCCCAGAGGCAUCGUGUUCGGAGUGGAUGUUCAAGUGUAAUGAUUCGGGCAAGUGCAUUCCCUACUGGUGGAAGUGUGACAGGGUGCCUGACUGUGUUGAUGGAUCAGAUGAGGUCGGUUGUAGAUUUAUGCCGAACCCUCCGACUGACACUUCUGAACAUCUACCGGAUCCCACAGAAGGUCCAAGCUGCCCUAAGCAACACUUCAGAUGCUCUGCAGGCGAUUGUGUCUUGCAGGCUUGGGUCUGUGACGGAGUUCCCGACUGCAGAGGCGGUGAGGACGAAGCAAAUUGCGGCAGCUCGAAGCGGAGCUGUGGACCCGACCAGUUCACCUGCCAGUACGAUGGCAACUGUGUGCCGCUGGCGCAGGUGUGCGACGGCCACCAGCAGUGCCCGGAUGGGUCGGACGAGUGGAACUGCCAGGCCGCCACUUCACCCAAGCCUCCCAUUGCACCUCCUAUGUGUGCACCUGGAUUCUUUCCAUGUGAUCUUUUACACUGUGUUCCUCUGACACAACGCUGUGAUGGGUCCCAGAAUUGUUACGACGGUAGUGAUGAAGCUAACUGCACUGGCAACAAUGUUUGGAUACCACAAGUUUUAUCAAUCACGGGAGGGUCUGCUUCGUUGGGCAACGUUCUGCGAAUAGCGUGGGAUCCGAUUGACGUGUCACGAGUUUUCGGCAGGAGGAAUCUGUCAGUCGAGUACCUGCCGAGUGUGAGUCGUGUCAACAGCAGCCUGUGGCACAACUACAGCCGUGGCUGGACGGAUGCGUCAUCAGUGAUCUUCGAAGGGUUGGCCCCUGACAGCGUGUACAAUGUGACUGUGUACGCCCGCCUCAAGUCAGGAGCGGCGUUCCCCCCUGCUGCUUUUGUAGUUAUGAGGACACAGGAAGGCAUACCGUCGCCACCAGUAAAUGUCACAGCCAAGCAACUGAAUGGUCAAACUGUGCUAAUAACGUGGCGUGAGCCAGAGAAACCCAACGGUCGCUUAAUGUCGUACGAAGUGUGUAUGUCGCCACCUGUUCCUCCAUUGCAUAGGCUGAUUCCAGCACCAAAUACCUCUCUUGUCUUUGACUCUGACUUCGAGGUUGGAAAGAAGUACACAUUCUGGGUUAUUGCCAGGAAUGGUGAGCAUCGAAGCAACAAUUCUGUAGGGGCAACAAUCAAGUUUGACGGAUCGGCAGUUUCUGUCUCCGUCAAUGACUUGCGUGCCAGUGCUGUGAGUGAGACGGCAGUUUCAGUUGCAUGGGAGCGCGUUCCCGAUGCUGACGGCUACAUCGUCAAGACGCGCUCCCGCGUUCCCAGAUACCCUGCUGUCCCUGCAGUGAACACUACUCGGGCCAAUGUCACAGUUGGCAAACUAUCUCCAGGAGUCAGAUACUUAUUUAUUGUGUCUGCAUACCGUAAGAGCUUUGUCGGUCCAGACAAUGUUGUGGAGGCCAAGACUUUAGGUGUCGAACUGCCACCAGUUGCACGCAUUUCGACCACUAUAGAUACUUAUGCUGGGAAUGUGCAGCUCAAAUGGGCACCUCCAAAAACUGAAGCUAAAAUUGAUUGGAUAUACGGAGUUUACUAUGGGGUCACCCUGGACGAACUUCUAUCAGGACCUCGCAUGACGACGAACAUGAUGAAUGUGACACUCCGCGACCUGGCCUCCUGUGAGCAGUACCUGAUAGACAUUGCUGUUGUGGGUCCGAAGGGUAACGGACCGCUCUCCCUUUCGGCACAGACGGUGUUGACGCCUUUCUCGCCAUUAUCAGCACCUCGCAAUGUCCGUGUUACAGAUGGAGAUAAUGUAAAUGGCACACUGCACAUGCACAUAUCGUGGAAUUCCCCAUGCCCUCGUAUGCUGUCACCUGUUAAUUAUGUGAUUACUGUGACCGAGGUGAACUUGAAAAAGUCCUCGAGUGUGCGUCUGGGUAAUACCACGGGAACAUACCUGAACCAUCAGCUGAUUGUGGCACGGGGUGGAUCGUACCAUGUAGAAGUUGCUCAGGACGUUGUGGGGGCCAAGAAGGCGGCGGCUUAUCCCCCUGUGUGGCACGCGGCACCCCUGCCCGUCCCACACAGCAUCAAGGCCAUGGAAGCGGCCAACCAAUCAAUUCUAGUGUACUGGCAGGAACCUCAGCUACCAAAUGAAAUGCUGAAUACGAGUUACCGCUACAAAGUGCUGGUGUCUGAGGGUCCUGCUUUUGACCAACUGAAGGCUACAGAAUACGAGAUCCGUGGCCCCCCACUGACACUAGACGAGCUGAAGAGUGGACAGACGUACAGUUUUGCAGUACAGCUGCAGACAAAGGAAGGUUACUGUUCACAACCUUCAGAAGUUGUAUCUCUUCUCAGUCCAGAUAAAGGUUCGUGGGUGGCCGUGCUGACGGCAUCGAGCGUCGCCGGGGUGGUGGUGCCAGUGAUCGUGGUGGUCGGCCUGCUGCUUGCCGUGGUGGGCUUCCUGGUGUACCGCCACAGGCGCCUGCAGCACAGCUUCGUGUCAUUUGCAAACAGCCACUAUGACACACGCUCGGGCUCGGCAACUUUCUCGGGAGCAGACGGACUCGAUGAGGAUGACUCUCCCGCAAUAAGAGGAUUUUCAGAUGAUGAGCCCCUCGUGAUUGCCUGAAGUGGUGACAGCAGUCAGAAAGUUGCAGAAUCGUCAUUAGAUUUCUGUCUGAAAGAAUGUUUUAAAUGUAAUAAUAUACAAAAUGUCUAUAAAUGUUGUAAAUGCAUAUGCGACUGAAAUAUGCUCUUAUUAACUUUGUACUGUGCUGGAGGGAAGAGUUUUAUGCUAAAUGACAAUGCAGUUAUGUUGUCUGGGAAUGUCAGGUGCAAAUAUCUUUUUAAUUAGCACAUAAUGUCUGUUUUCUUUCUGGUUCCUCUUUAUACUUUCUGUGAUUUUGUAUACAAAAUGAGACUACAUAUUGUUUUACAAUUGAAGGUGGGAGGGCGGAGGGCAGAUGUUGAUGAGAUGGUCAGUGUGUGUGGGAACCCACUGUUUGUUGCUAUUAUACAGUGAUGAAUGUUUCUGUUUACUUGUAAGAAAAAUUUAGCUUUUUAGUUGUGUGAGCAAAUGCUUUGCAUGUGGAAGACUGUUGUCCAGAAUUUUGUCCGUUCUUGAUUAACCCUAGUAACUGAUACAGUAUUGACUUUCUAAUUGUAAGUGAUCUUCAGUAUACCUUUUUUUAUUUUGAGAACAUUCUGUUUUGUGUGUGUGUGUGUGUGUGUGUGUGUGUGUGUGUGUGUGUGUGUUUCUUUUGGAGACAGCAUGUACUUCUGUGGGCUUACUGCCUGCUUUGAUGCUGAAGACGAGAGAGCGUAUCAAGACAGAUUCAUAUUACUGUUGCGUGAUGCUAUUUCUAGAGCCAGUGCAGUCACAAGUUUUUAAUUUUUUUUCAUCCAAUUGCAAUGCUGUUAAUGUAUGUUGUGUAAGUAGUCCAGCAACUGCCUUUAUAAGGGAGCCACUUCUAAGUGUUUGCAAGUGUUUAUAUAAUCUGCACUACAGCCAAGUAUCAGAUUCCUAAAUUUGCUGUGUGUCUAAAUUUCUUAUUCCCAAAAUGCUUUGUGCUGAAAUCUAAAACUUGAUGUAUUGUGACAUUAUAGUUCCACUAAAAAAAAAGGAAAGGGUUGUGACUUCACUUACAUUGAUCUUACGUUGUAACCAAAGAAACUCUGUCAGUUGUCUUGAUGUUUGACACUUUCACUUUUGUUUUAAGUUUGUAGAUUUGUAAAUAUUUCACCCAGAAGACUUACAUUUGUUGUGUUAAAAUGUAUGAAAAUCAAUAAAACAUACAAAUUGGAA